AUCUGCCAUCUUUGUCUCUUUGCAGUUGAUCACGGUUGCGGCCACUGCGCAGGGGGUCACAAGCCAAAACACCAAGGGCAACUUCUUUUGCAUGUAUCUGGGCGGAGCCAUUGGUGUCACUAUGGCGAUUUAUGUGUCAGGGGGUGUGUCAGGUGGGCAUCUAAAUCCAGCAUACUCCCUCAGCCUGUGUGUCCUGGGCCGAUUCCCAUGGUGGAAAUUGCCCAUCUAUGUCAUCAUCCAAAUGGUGGGGUCUUUUGCUGGAGCAGCAGCUGUGUUCGCGCUGUACUACGAUGCCAUCCAGAAUUACACCGGCGGCAACCUGACUGUGCAUGGACCACGAGAGACGGCCUCCAUAUUUUCUUCGUACCCCGCCCCCUACCUGAGCAUUGCAAACGGAUUUCUGGAUCAGGUGAUGGGCACAGCAAUGUUGAUGAUUGGCAUCUUGGCCAUUAUUGAUUCCAGCAACAAGCCAGUCCCAAAGGGUCUUGAGCCAAUCGCGGUGGGGAUGCUGGUCUUCUCCAUCGGCCUUUCCAUGGGGGCAAACUGCGGCUAUCCGAUCAACCCAAGUCGAGACCUGGGGCCACGGCUCUUCACCUAUGUGGCGGGAUGGGGCUCAGACGUCUUCAGGGCCGGGAACAACUGGUGGUGGGUCCCCAUCGUAGCACCAUGCUUUGGGGGCGUUUUUGGCACGCUGCUGUACCAGAUCUUGGUGGCGAUCCACCACCCAGCACAGGAAACCAGAGCCGAGGAGGCCACCAAUGUCGAGACCCCAGCGGAGAAAAUGAAGGAGAUUCCGGUCUUCACAAUACAUUUGGACAACUCUUUGUCUCAUCGGCUUUGACCGUCCAUCAAACUUUAAAUGCUCGGCCCUUGUUUGGGUCCAGUGUUCUUUUCUACGCACGCUGACUACCUGCUGCU